GCGCUGCUCGUGGCCGAUUCGUGUUUCUUAUCGUUAUAUUUAUUUGCUUCUGUUCAAGUGAACUUAAUAUGCCCUCGCUCGACCUCUUAGUUCCUUGGCCCGCUUAUCAUUAUCAGCGUGAAUAAAAUGAGACGACGGAAGAGAAGGAAUGCCAAGUGACUGUCGUGACUGUUUGGGGAUUCGAUUUCGAAUUAACGCCCUGCAUCAAACUUGGAAGUGGCUGCAUCAAACAAUCGCCCUUCACGAAUAUCUGAUCUCCCUCUCAUCAGCUGAUACUGACGCUUGCCUCACAACUCAGUGCUAG